AUGUCUAUGAAAGUGACAGCAAGGAAGAUUCAAAGCAGCCUCGUCGUAAGCCAUACACGGCCGAGCCAUCCUUCGUCAAACGAGAGCAGCAGCAGCAGCUCGCCUAUUAGCUCGCGUGAAAGGAGCCCUGAGAACAGCGAUUACACCCACGUUCACUGGGUCACCUCAAGCGAUAAAUCGGGCCGCCCGACAAAGAGACAGUGCGGUGAAGGAGCUGUGCUUCACGAACUACAGGAUUUGGAAAGUUUCUUUGGGCUCAGAAACACCAACAUCGGCGGCGAAGGCAACACCGCGGUUGGCGGCAAGGCCUAUUCUGAAUGCUGUUCGUGCUGUUAUACUACUAAAUGCUCAAGCUGUAAUGUGGCUAACAGCAGUGAAUCCACGGGCACAACGGCGAGACUGAUUUGUGAAUGUCCUGAAUGCCGCAAUUCGAAGGAUUACAAACCCUCAUCCAGGUCUUCUUCCACAAGCAGUUCAUCCUCGUCGUCCCCGUCUCUGGUACGAACUAGCCUCCUCGUCAAGCCCUGGUCAUCACCCUCUUGCCCUUGUGUAGAAGACUAUAUCAGAUACAGUACCAAUCCCUCCCAUUCUAUGGUCUCCGUUCCAAGUAUUCAUGGUUCCACGGCUAAUGCAAUGCCUGCAAUGCCUCUUGAAUCUCCUUGUAACAAGAGUUGUGAUCAGUACGUGACAGCACCGAACGGAGUGACGAGCACAGCAAGCGGACCUCGUGAGGACAGCCGUUCGGGUGGACGUGACUACAGAAGACCAACAGUCCGCGAUAUUUGCGGGCACAGUGCUCUGAAGCUCGCUUCGCCGAUCGAUUGUGUGAAACACUGGAUGACGAUUGCUCCUGCACUCCAAUCAUCCGAACAAGUCCACGUGGAAGCAUUUCGCUACUUAACAGCUCCACACCUACUCCUCUAUUCGAUUAUAGAGGUGAGAUUCUUUUUGAAACGGUGCUCGGAUACUUCAACGUUUAUCACAUUUCAAUAG